GACGCCAUCAACCACACGACAUUAUUCCACGCUCGCUAACUCCUCCAUCAUGGUGGUCACAAAGGUCGGACAGUGGUCGAACGUCGAGGACGAGGUGCUCAAGGCGGCCAUCUCAAAGUAUGGCCUCAAUCAAUGGGCGCGAUGCGCGUCUCUCCUCGCGAAGAAGACGGCCAAACAGUGCAAGGCGCGAUGGAACGAAUGGCUAGACCCGUCGAUCAAGAAGACGGAGUGGUCGAGGGAGGACGACGAGAAGCUCCUGACCAUGGCCAAGCUGCUUCCUACGCAAUGGCGCACCAUCGCACCUAUUGUCGGGCGCACAGCCACACAGUGCCUCGAACGAUACCAGAAACUGCUGGACGAGCAGGAGACGAGGGAGAGCGGUGACCUUGGCCUCGCCGGUCCUGAGGGGGGAGAGGCGGCGGCGCCUUCUGCUGAGGAUGUUCGACGAUUGCGCCCCGGCGAAGUCGACGCGUACGCCGAAAGUCGACCGGCGCGACCCGAUGCCAUCGACAUGGACGAGGAGGAUAAGGAGAUGCUGUCCGAGGCGCGUGCGCGUCUGGCCAACGUCAGCGGAAAGAAAGCCAAGAGGAAGGCUCGCGAGAGGCAGCUGGAAGAGUCGCGCAGACUAGCGCUGUUACAGAAGCGUCGAGAGCUCAAGGCCGCCGGCAUCAACAUCAAGAUCACGCCAAAGAAGGGCAACCAUAUCGACUACAACGCCGACGUGCCCCUGGAGAAAGAGGUCCCCUCUGGCUUCUUCGACACGACACAAGAACUCGACCUCAACGAGAAGCAGCGCGAAGCCUUCGACCCCCGAAAGCAACAGCUCGCCAACAAGCGCAAGGGAGACCAGCAGGAGGACCAGGGGGACAGCAAGCGCAAGAAGAAGGAUGAGAAGUCUGGAGGUCUGGCCGCGUCGUAUGCCAAAGCCGCCCAGAUGCAGAAGAUCCGCGAGGCGGAACAGAGCAGCAAGCGACGUACGCUCGUCCUUCCGACACCGCAGGUUGGCGAGGCUGAAUUGGAGGAUAUUGUCAAGAUGGGUAUGCUGGGGGAGCGUGCAAGCAGUGGGGUUGGCAGCGACAACAUUGCAACGCAGGGUUUGAUUGGCAAUUACUCGAACAUUGUUGGCAACACACCAAUCCGCACGCCCAUGGCGCCGAAAGAGGAGGAUGUCAUCGCGAACGAGGCGCGCAACGCUCGACUGCGGACUGAGACGCAGUCUGCCCUGCUUGGUGGAGACAACCCAGACUUUGAAGAGGACGAGGUUCCUGCUUCUUUGUCCGCGCCUUCGUCACGACACCAGAUCGUCACACCGAACCCUCUAGCGACUCCAUUCCGGAAUGGCGGGGUUGGAGCCACACCCACACGUCAAGGGCCAGGAGCAACUCCAAUGCGAACACCCCGGGACACCUUGCGUCUAAAUGGGGAGGACGGUGCCAUGCAACUGGUUGGACAGACACCGCGGGAUAUCAAGCUACGAGAGACUGCGAAACGACAAGACCUAAAGAGCAGACUCGCCGCACUCCCGAAGCCCAAGGAGGAGAGCUGGGAGUUUGAGCUUCCGGAUGAGCAGGCAGAUGAGAUGGAAGUUGAAGUCAGCGAAGAAGACGCCGCGGAGAUUGAUCGGAGGAACAGGGAAAUGCAGCAGGCUGCAGAGCGCGCCAACUUUGCCCGUCAAACCCAGGUCGUGCAACGAUUCCUCCCAAGACCAUCAGUAGUCGACAUUGACGCGCUGAUGAAGCGAGCCCUGGACCUGUCGGAUCCCGUGGAGCGAGAAGUCGAAACCGAAAUGGCUCUCCUAGUCGCGAACGAUGUCCAGAAAUUCGGCGGCAGCAACGGCAGCGGACGCGUCACAGGAACGCUGAGACCGCUCCAGAUGCUCAGUGACGACGCCCUCCGAGCCGCAAAGAUGGAGCUGGCGCUCGAGCUUGCCAUGACCUCUGACAAAGACAAGAAAGCUUUCCACGCAGAGUUUGGCACCGCAUGGACCAACCUACACGGCUCGGCGAUGCUCCCUGGAAUCGCAGGGUACGAGGAGGACGAGAUCGACGAGCACCAACUCAUGAUCGAGGCCUUCGACGGCGCGCAGGAGAAGAUCAUCGAAGCGGCAGAGCAGGCCAACAAGAUUGAGAAGAGGCUAGCCGUCCAUCACGCAGGCUACAUGAAGCGCGCUACUGUCCUGCGCCAGAAGAUCGGCGAGGCGUUCGGCGCGCUUGAAAAGACAAAGGUCGACCUCGACUCGCAGCGCACAAUGCAGUACUCGGAGCAGUCGGCUAUCGGGCGGCGGCUGGACAGUCUGCGCGAGGAGGUGUCCUUUGUUAGCAAGAGGGAGAGGGAGGCGCAGGAGCUGUACCGCACGAGGAAGGACGAGUUGGACAGUCUGCGGGAGCUGGUCAAUGGCGUGUGAGGGGCUUAUCUCUGUACUGUAUUAUAGUUGUCUAUUCGUUCAUGGAGAUCCACCGAUGUUCACGGUAGCUCACGCAAGUUCACAUCUAGGAGGCAUGGUAAUGGGCGUUGGGAGUUUGCAUAGCGAAGGCCGUGGAGCCUGCAGGUUGGACAGACUGUCAAAUGGAAAACAUCUGAACAUGUGUGUGC